AUGAGGAGCAGCGGGACCAUCACGUCGACGCUCAGUACCGGUAGCACCGCGGGAAGCUUGUUGAGUGACCGCGAAUUGAGGUCGUCGAGUGGAGGUGGCAGUGGCAGUGGCAAUAGCCGGAGAGGUUCCCAUACGAGCCUACGAACGUCGGAUCAUCGAUCCGCCAGCUUUACCCUCGAAUUCCAGUCUUCCCUCGUGGAAACGAACGAGACAAAAAACAAACGAUGGACGCUGAGCAAAAGCGUCAAGAUUGCGACCUUGCGACAGGAAAAUGUGGGAUUCUACGGGCGAGACGAGCAAGUGGCAGUGUUGCAGGAUUGUUAUGACCGUGUGUCUACUACCGGUAGUGGUGGUUGUGGUACUACUGGUACUAGAGAACUUGUCUUGAUAUCCGGGCCCUCUGGUACGGGCAAGAGCCGCUUGGCACAGCAUCUCUGGAAGACGCAGCAAAAACGCGGCAACAACAAAAAGCAGCUUGACAAUAAUUGCAAUACUACUCAAGGAGCCUUUGUCAUGGGCAAGGCCGAUCAAAGUGCACGAGAAGAACCCUACAGCAGCAUGGUGGCUGCGUGCCAAAUUCUGUGCCAGGACCUCUGUCAAGAUUCGGUGUUGGCGCGGAAAGCACAAGAGCUGCUGUUGGAUCAGUUGGGAUGGGAACUGCUCAGUUACUUGUCGGACCUCAUUCCUUCUCUCGACUCGUUGAUGAUCUGGGCUAAUCCUGAUACUGAUACUGAUGGUAAGGAACCAGAGGAUAAAACAAAUGCUACUCCACAACCAGAGCAGCCCAACAAUCAGCAUCAGCAUUCUUCUUCUUCUUCUUCUUCAGGCCAGUCCAGUGAAGCCAAGCACCAGCAAAUGAAUUAUGCCUUUCGGGUAUUCAUCCGAGUCUUGAGUUCUUGCUUUGCACCCUUGGUCAUUUGUCUCGAUGAUUUGCAGUGGAGCGAUGCCGCUACUUUGAAUCUCAUGGAACUGCUAUUGACCGAUGCCGAUUUACAUCAGUUCAUGAUUUUGGGCUGUUACCGGUCGGAUGAAGUUCAGGAGAAUAGCCGACUCUCACAACUGCUGCAGUCACUGGAACAACAACAAAAAGACACUACUAGUACUAGUAGUGAACUGCAAUCCAAAUGUACCGUGACACAAUUGCAACUGGGCAAUUUGACCGUGGAAGAUUCCAAUCAUGUCUUGAUGGAUUUGUUGACAUUGGAGGAUCCUUCCACUACGUUUUCCCUCGCCGCCAUUUGUCACAAACGCACCCUUGGCAAUGUCCAUUUUCUCAUUCAAUUCGCCGUCAUGCUGCAGGAACGCGAACUAUUAAAAUUCAAUAUUGGAUCCUUUCGAUGGACGUGGAAUGUCGCCGCCAUUGAAGAAGAAACCAAAGCGGCCGACAAUGUCAUUAGUGUCGUGGUAGAACGAUUGCAGAAAUUGUCCAAAGAAUUGUUACAUUUUUUGGCGGUCGCAGCAUUGAUUGGAUCCACCACGACGUUGCAAAUAUUGGAAAUUGCCUGGGAACGGACGCGGCGGGAUGACGAACAAGACGCGGUCGUGGUGGACUUGAUCCAAACCGCCGUGCAAGGAUCCUUCCUGGAACCAUGCGGCUACGAACGCUACAAAUUCGUGCACGACAAGAUCCAGGAAGCCGCGUCCCUGCAAUUGUCCGAGCAAGAACGGAAACGAGAACAGUUUGAAAUUGGCAUGCAUCUACUCGACAACUUUACCGAGGAAGAAAAGCAGGCGGAGAUUUUCUUGAUUCGAGACUUGUUGGAGGCACAUUCUGCCAUUCAUUCCGAUAUUAAUAAUUGGGACCCAAAGGAAAGGGCCACCGUGACCAGCGUGAAUUUGCUGGCAUCGGAACGAGCCAAAUCCGUAUCAGCCUUUCAAAGCUCCUUGACGUAUGCCCGCAAGGGGAUUUUGUUGCUGUCGCUCACUGCUUGGGUAGACAAUUAUGACACAACACUCAAGCUCCAUUGUCUUGCCGCAGAGGCGGCGGGGUUUACGGGACAGUCCGAGCUUUUGGAGAAGAUCAGCAAGAGUGUUCUGCGAUGCUCCGAAUGCCGGCUUGUCGACAAACUGAGAAUCUACAAGGUGCUCAUGGACAAAAUGGCAAAUGAUGGCGAGCAAUUGGAGGAGGCUACCACACUUUGCAUCUCCCUGCUCAAUCAGCUCGGAUGUUCUGUUCCUCGGAGUCAAGCAGUCGUGGCAAUGUCCGCUAUUUCAUCUUUGUUGGGCUUCAAAAGAAGGCCGCCGACACUGGAGAAGCUCAAGGCUUUGCCCAAAAUGACCGACUGGAAGAGAGUCGAGUGCAUGUAUCUAUUGUAUAGACUGCAGGGAUACGCCUACUUUGCCAAGAACAUUAUGCUUUCUACUUGGGCCGCCAUCAAGAUUGCAAAGAUGACAUUGAAACACGGUCGGCAUGAAGUGUCAUCAACUGCCUUUCCUGCGUUGGGAAUGGCCAUGACGGGGAUAUUCGCCGAGUUUCAAAAAGGAGAGCUGUUUUCAUUUGUUGGCAAGCUGCUUGUUGAUAUGGAAGAGAAUAAGUCAACAGAAGGCCGGACACUGUUCACAAUGGUGGCAGCUAACUCGUAUGUCAAGCCAAUGCAUGAUGUCAUGAGGCCUCUGAUGCAUGGCUACAAGUCUUCGAUGCAGGCGGGAGAUACGGAAAGCGCAAUGUUCUGCCUUGCACAUGAUUGUUGGCUGCGUUUUCUUGCCGGUGGAAGACCACUCCCUGAGCUUGAGGCAAACUGCCACAGAUAUCUAGAACAAAUGAAGGAGCUCCACCGGGCAAAUGGAAUAUUCUUUCUAGCCCCAGUAGCCGUGUUGGUGGCCAAUUUGACCGGUUCUGGACAGAAAGUUGGCCACUAUCUGGAGGGCAAAACCUCCGAGCUUCUGGAAGACCAUGCGGAACUUGUUGAGAAUGUCGGCUGUGCGUAUCUUGGCAACUACCAGAAGGGUGCAGAUCUCUCCCUCCAACGAGGUGGUGCGUAUGACGCUACAUAUCCAGCCAUGCCCAUUGGAAUAUGGGACAAGUUUCUGAGGGGAGUAUGCUUGUACGCUGCCGCAAUCAACACUGGCAAGCGAAAGUAUAUACAGGGCGCCAAUGUCAUCCGCAAAGUCAUUAGCUCUUGGGUGAAGAAGGGAAAUCCAAACUCCAUGCACCACGCAAGUAUUCUUGAUGCUGAAUUCAACAGGAUGAAGAAGAACUGGACCGAGGCAUCCAAAUGCUACGAACGAGCGAUUGCAAUGGCAGGGCGUUCAGGGUUUCUGCAUGACUCCGCUCUAGCGGAGGAGAGAUAUGCCACGCAUCUCUUGAAUCCAAAAGGGGAUUUCGAUAAAGACAAUGCAUGCCUACACAUGACCAAUGCUAUUAAGCUCUAUUCUGAAUGGGGAGCCUCUGAGAAGGUUCGACUACUUCGUCAGGAAAUCAGGGGAUUGCUCGACGAGGACGACUCUGCUCCAGCUCCAUUUGGACAAACAUAAUAAGGCUUCAACACAAUCAAUCAGCGGGAAUAUGUAUACUCUUUGGGGAAUACUGUAUUGCUGUGACUGUACCGUAUGAGACAGGGGGUCAACAGCACCACAAUGUAGCAGGCCAGUUUAGUCUUGGUUUGCUAGUGACUCAAUCAAGGAAGAAGAAGAAAAAAACACAAGUCCUCUGCAUCAGCAAACAGUGUUGUUGUUGUUGCCAUCUCCUUGUGAUUACUACUAGCUAGUAGUGGUCAUACCAUCUACCACUACUCCACAAGAAGAAGCUGCUUGAUUCAAAGUGCUUCUUAUGUAAAAGUCAAAUUCUGACCUGUACUGUAUUGCAUACGGUACUGUUUGAUCAAUGUAGUUUCCUGCUGCCCAUACCGUUUACGGUUCAUCGUGGGAACAAUUUACUGUUUACCGUUUACCGUUUACCGUUCAUACAUUGACUUGUUCAAAAGAGGACAAUAUCUGUGUACGAUAUACGGUUUACAGUUUUACAAAUUAAAGUUGAUUUACGAUAAACGAUAAACGGUAUCCUCCCUCCUGCAAUGUCUCCAAAGAAGCAAGGCACAACCCAAAGCCACAGCAGAUAAACGGUAAACGGUAAACAGUACACAAAAUAAUUGAAACGGUACACGGUAAACCGUGUUGAAUUCUCUUUACAAAAAUAUCAAAGAGAAAAACUGUGGUAAACGGUAUACCGUUUGGGCUGGCCACAUCUGCACAUUGUAUACCGUAUACCGUAUCCGCCACCUCAUUGGUGAUGACUAAAUUUUUAGGCAGAAGUGGGUGGGCCUGCUACAUUGUGGUGCUGUUGACCCGCUGUCCAUUGCCGAAGUUGUCGUUGG